AUGAGAUCGAGAGUAGUUGUGCUGCUUCUGUUGAUUCAUUCAACAUGCACAAAUCCAUUGAACGAUUCGAUUUCAGUUUGUGACAAUUCAAAUGAGUGUAUAAGAUUGUGUUGCAAUUCAGAGGCGAUGAUGAUUGACGGUGGUGCGUGUGAACAAUUUUUGGAGGCGGAAUUGAUUGAAAAGUUUAGAAAUCUAACACUUUCACAAGUUGAAAUUAAAAUUAGCAACUCAUGUGGGAAUAUGCAGCUUGUAGCUGAUGACGAAUGGUUUCUUGAGAACGGAACGAUUCAUUUUGAGGGACCUCGAGAAGCUGUAAUAAAUCAUUCCAACUAUUGUUUGCAUCUUACAAGUGAUAACAAUGAUACCGGCUCAAAGCUUUUCCUUUGUGAUGAUUACUUGAAUGGAGACAUUGAAAAGCAAUUGCACAAGAGCUUAGUGAGAGUAAUUGGCACGUCAAUAUCACUUCCACUGCUAAUCAUUACGCUGAUUGUGCUUUGGCAACUUCGACAAUUCAAAACGAACCAUGGGAAAUGUUUAAUGUGCCACAUUCUGAGUUUGAUUCUACUCUACACAUUUCUCAUUCUCGAUCGAAUGGACAUUUUGAUCAUGAAAAUUCCGUGGCUUUGUGAAAUUUCCGGCUACAUGAUGUACAUCUCAAUUCUGUUUUGUAUCUUCUGGUUGAAUGUCAUGUGCUAUGACAUCUGGAAGACAUUCAGAAGCACGAGAAAUCCGCGUUAUCCAAGCAGCACCGACAAGUUUCUUAAAUAUCUUUUCUAUGGCUUUGGCUUGCCGACGAUCAUCACGAUGUUUCUCGCUGUCAUUGAUGAAACUUCUCUUUUUCCUGAACGAUGGCGACCACAAAUAGGAAAAUUUGAAUGUUUUCUACGCAACGAACGACACAUUGAGUUCUUUUAUCUUUAUCUUCCAAUGUCUUUAAUACUUCUUGUCAAUGUGGUACUUUACUCAAUCACAGCAUACAAAAUUUACACAGUUCAAAAUGACAAAUUCAUUAUCAGUUCGAAGGUUGAACGGAGACGACCAGUGACUUGUAAUCCUAUUAGAAUAAGAUUUUUGUUAUAUCUUCGACUCUUUCUAUUGAUGGGUAAACAAUGGAAAUAA